GGUGCAACUUUUGCUUUCGUCCGUCUGCCUCUCCCUGUGCGUUUGGGUCGCCGUUUUAGGAAAUACCCGAUGAUUGCGAUCUCCUACCUUUUCUACCACGCCCGCUCCCCUUCAAUCCGCAGCAAGCGCCCCGAUCCCCUCCGAUCCGCAGGAGGCGCGCCCCGAUCCCCCGCGAUCCGCAACAACAGGCGUCGGGACCACCGCCACGAGCGUCCGCGGCCGGCACCCUGCGAUCCGUAGCAACCGCCGCCAUGAGCGUCUGCAGACGUCCCCUCCGAUCCGCAGGAGGCGCGCCCCGAUCCCCGCCGUUGGGACCACCGCCACGAGCGUCCGCGGCCGGCGCCCCGUGGAAGCGCCGCCACGAGCGUCCACGGACGCGCCGUUGCGAGCGCCCCGAUCCUCUUCAUGGACGUAAAUGAUUCCCUCCCUACAGACUGCAUCUACGCGGCUACGCCCGUGGGGGAGAUCGUGGCCGCUGCCGCCCUACACAGCCUCACGCUGGAGAAGCUCGCGACGGAGCAGCAGUAGGGUGUCGCUGUGAGGGAGACCCCGCGAGCGGUGGCGGAGCACGGCGAGGACGAGCUCCUCUGAGAGCGGGCGUGCCUCGAGCGUGGCCAUCUCAUCAGACACGAGUACCUGUCCUCCUGUCAUGGAUUUGGGGAUGGAGGGUGCUGACAUCUACACCCGUCGUGGAUGACGAUCCCAUCGUAGAUGACGACGACGAAGCCUCCACUGUCUAGCCCCGGUGCAUCUCCGCCGUCAGCCUCAGCCCGCGCAGCACGCUCGGAUACCUCCGCACCAGCCUCCGAUGCAAGCAGGAGACUGUCAGGAUGAGGGGCGGCACGUCGGCGCAGAAGAGGUCCCCGAACGUCAAGUUCGGCGGCGUCGGCGCCAGCGGCGGAGAGGGCGCGCAGUGGUGGCGAAUGUCCCUUCCGGCGAUGCUGCUAGGCCAGACCGUGCUAGAGAUCGUGCAGGCCAGCCGAUUCGUGAGGGACAUCGUGACGGCGGCCGGCGCUAUGAAUCAAGAGCCCCCGAGGACCCCAAAACCGGCUCCCAGGACCAGGAAGCCCACGGCGGCGGCGGCGCCAGAGCAGACGCCCCUCCGUGCCCGUCGUGCCCGAGAGAAGCACAGCCAUUGAGGUGGCGCCGCAACGCGCUUCGCCGAUGCCGCCACGCCGCCGUCGCGCGGCCGCGUGCGGUCCCGGAUCCAGUUCAAGCCCACGUCGCCGGUCGCGGUCGUGGUCACCGUCGGCCGGCCGUCGGUGUCGGCCAACCGCAUAUCCCCGAAGAACCGCCCUGGGACAAGAAGGCGGUGAUGUUCCCGAACCCCGUGUUCCACGCCUCCACCUCGGCCGCCGCAAACACCUACGCGUGCGCGACGCCGUCGCCUUCCAAGAAGCAGAAGCAGUUCUACAAGACGCGGUCCCCGGUCAUGGCGCUAGCGCGGCAGACGCCGCACAAGUUCCUGGUCAAGUCGCCCCCGAGCGCGCUGGGGUCCAAGCUCAGGAUCCACGGGAAGGCUGUGCUGCCGGUGAGACCCACCGCAGCCGUGUCACCGCCGCUGCCCGUGAAGGCGCAGGCGUCACCCGCGAAAACCCGGCGCUGCUCGUUCUCGCCGUCUAGGUUGGCGACAAGGCUCGUGUCGCCGAUCAAAGCGAGGCUGUCGCUGAACAGGAGCCGGGACCGGGACACCGGGGUCGGUGUGGCCGGUGGUGGUCCGAUGAGCGGGCUGAAGCAGCGGCCGGGUGUCAGCUUGACGGUGCGGACGGUGUCGAGCAAGAUAUCAUCGAGGUGAUGUUCUUUGUUUGUCUGUUCAGCGUCGUUUGAAGACGAGAGGGGGUACAGAUUGCAGAGAAGAGAAUUGAGUUGAUCUUCUUCAGAAUAAGAUGUUCUCUGCUGCUGCUGGGAAAGCUCCUGUGCCUUGGGGUGCUUGUACACACAUAACGGUUAUCUGUAAUUUUUCGUUGAUCCUAGGUGAUAAUACUGGGUGGUCUCCUCGACCGUAUAAUCGAAAGGCAAUAGGGUUCAACUGCAUUUGUUGUUCAGUCUGAACUUCAGGCUCAAAGUGUAUAUAUAGAUCUUUCAGAAGAUACGGCGCUUGCAUUAUAGUCUUAGGACUUUUGCAAGUAGCAAAUUUCACAAGCUGCAAUUCAGGUUCAA